AGUGCGCAAUCCCGAAAAAGAGAAGAGGGGCCGAGCGGCGUUAUUUGCGGGAGGCGGUCGAAGGCGCGCAAGCGCUUCUUCCCGAUUGUAACGGCAGCAGGAUCGAGGUAGUCGCGGGCCCCUCGUCGCCUUUUCGCCGGAGAGGCCGGUCGGGAGACCUCCGCCGAUCGAAAGAGGCGGCACCGUUGACGUCGCGGCUGGUGUUCGGUGCGGGCGGGCGCCCCCGGCUGUUUCCGGAGGAAGGAGGAAAAGGCGAGCGAGCGAGCGGCUCCAUCCCCCACCCGCAGGGAGGGAGUGCGGCAGCGGCGGCGCAGACAGGCCCGACGAGGCGGAGGCGAAGGAGGCGCAGUUCGAGUGACCCCCGGCCGCGGCGGCCACCCACCACCACCACCACCCGCACCGCCACGCUCCCCCCGCGCAGAAGGCAGGAUGGCGCUGAAACGCAUCAACAAGGAACUUAGUGACUUGGCUCGUGACCCACCAGCUCAGUGUUCUGCAGGCCCUGUUGGAGAUGACAUGUUUCAUUGGCAAGCUACAAUUAUGGGUCCUAAUGACAGUCCAUAUCAAGGCGGUGUUUUCUUUCUGACAAUUCAUUUCCCUACAGACUACCCUUUCAAGCCACCUAAGGUUGCAUUUACAACACGAAUUUAUCAUCCAAAUAUUAACAGUAAUGGCAGCAUUUGUCUUGACAUUCUAAGGUCACAGUGGUCUCCUGCUUUAACUAUUUCUAAAGUUCUCUUAUCCAUUUGUUCACUGUUAUGUGAUCCAAAUCCAGAUGAUCCCCUAGUGCCAGAGAUUGCGCGCAUCUAUAAAACAGACAGAGACAAGUACAACAGAAUAUCUCGGGAAUGGACUCAGAAGUAUGCCAUGUGAUGCUACCUUAAGUCAGAAUAACCUGCAUUAUAGCUGGAAUAAACUUUAAAUUACUGUUCUUUUUUGAUUUUCUUAUCCGGCUGCUCCCCUAUCAGACCUCAUCUUUUUUUUUUUUUAAUUUACCUCUAUCCAUUCAUGCACAUGCUCAUCUGAGAAGACUUUAGCUCUUCCAGCUUUGGACAAUAACUGCUUUUUAGAAUUUGUAAAGUAGUUAUACAAGAACAAUUGCCCAAGAUUCAGAAUUCUUUAAAUGGAGCAUGUGUGUUGUGGCCAAUGUCUUCACUCUAACCUGGUUAUGAGAUUGAAAUCAUUCCUCACUGCUCUAACAGUUCUUCUGAAGAUAUCACCCAAAGGGAGGGGAGAUGGAUGUUCAGUUUGCUCACAUCACAGGAAAUAGCAUUGCUGUAGCUUCAUCCAUCUUGUUUUAAAACCUUCCAGUGUUAGAGACUGAGGUUUCAUGACAUACUUGUGCUCAUAACUGGUAUGGCUGGAGAAUUGGUACAGAACUUGUAGCAUCAUCAGAACAGAACACGUGAUGUAUCUUAUGCAUGUCAAUAAAGGAAUGACCAGUUCUUGUUCUACAGAGAAUGGAGAUUGGAAGUCCAACAUCCCUUGUAUUCCAAAAUAGGGUCUCGGAACAUUUUUGUAAUUCUCAUUUAAAUUUUGUUAGGAUGCUUGGAGCUAUUAGUUAAUCUAUCUUCCACAGCAGUUUAAUAUAGCACUGAAUAAAUGAUGCAAGUUGUCAAUGGAUGAAUGAUCAACUAAUAGCUCUCCUAGUAAUUGAUUUUAUUUUCUUCAAUAAAGUUACAUAAACCAAUGA